GACCGGAUUUCCGGAAUGCUGUUGUUGUUUGUUUCGUGUGACUGCAGAGUGCACACGUACAGCUUUCUCUUGAUUUAAAGCUCUUACAAAGCAGAAAGAAAACAUUCUGGAUUGGUGAACGAAUUAUUACUCAUGGGAGGGAGUGAUGCUGAUAACAGAUCUAAGAGCAGACACCGAGAUGAGAGCAAAUCCAGGAGCUUGUCAUCAUCAAGCGCCAGGAGAUCCAGUCCAAGCCCUCAGAAGAGACAUGAACAGAGAAAAAAGAAGAAAAGGAGAAGUCCAUCCAGCUCUUCAUCAUCUUCCGGCUCCGCUUCCCCAUCCAGAGAAAAAAAGGCCAGGAAGAAACAGAAACAGAAACUGAAGCGCGAAAAGAAGAAGGAGAAAAAGGAAAAGAAACGGCAAAAGAAGCUAGCAUUGAAAGCUGAAAGAGCAGCAGCUUCGGUAUCAACAGCUGCUGCUGCUUCUGAUGAAACUCCUCAAUCGCACCUGAAGACCUGGCAGUGUGAAGAAGCUAAAGAACACGGCCCUGGUAUGUGCACAGAAAUACACGGAUUUCAUCAAAUUUAA